AUGCCCAAAGAAGAGGAAAGAAAAGAAUCUUCUGAGGGGGAAGAUCUUCCCAGUGACUUUUUUGAUGACUUUUGCAAAGAUGAUUUUAUGGAAGUUAUUGAUAGUUGGAAUGAUGACACUAAGGAUUCCCGACCAACAAUCAAUGAAAAGGCUCUUGACAAUGUUGAUGAUUUACGAGAGCUGAUACCAAACCAAACCAGGAAAAACUCACGCAGCAAACAACACAGUCCACAUGAAACAGAGUAUGAAGAAGAACGGUUGAAUGAAUACAUACGCCCUGGAAGUCGUCGGGAUCCUAAUAAGACAAAACAAGCCAUAAAGAGAGACAAGGAAGUUAAAGUUAAAGAACUUCUUGCGAAACAUCUAGAAUCCAUGGAUGAUAUAAGACCACCAGGGACUGAAUUGGAUGAUUAUUUUGAUGAAAGCAGAAACAGCGAAAAAAAGAAAUUCGUUGAAGAAGUAACCAGGAGACAUAUGAGUGAGAAACGACCCCGGUCACCAUCCCCCUUGAAGCAUGCAGUGGAAAGAAGAAAAGACUCGCCAAGGAAUCGUCGCGAAUCACCUUUAAGAAAACGUAGAGAUUCACCAUCCAGGCAUCGUAGGGACUCGCCGCUAAGAUUUCGUCGGAUAUCACCAAGACACAAUCGUGAUUCACCAGUGCGGAUUCGACGUGACUGGUCGCCAAAACGCCGAGAAAUGCGAGGAUUUCGAGACCGCGGACACAGUCGUCUCAGCCCUAUUUAUAUUUCGCGCCGACCUCAUGUUUUACAUCGGAGCCCACGACGAAGCCCAAAGAAAUAUCAGAGUCCAGAUUUAAGGCGGGAACGCCGAUCAAGAUCGCCAUACAAGCGUUAUAAAUCGCGUUCUAUUUCACAGUCCCGAAGAGAAGAGAUUAAGGAUCAUGAUGAUCAAUAUUUAUAUGCUGCAUCGCAAUAUGUGCAAAAUACUGGAACGUCAUAUCAGCGGCCUCCAGAAAGUUUUGCUGCUUACACAGAACCAUACUACCCUCCUGAAGCCGUGCCACAACCAGUUCCUGCUCCAACCAACUCUAUGCCAGCACCUAAUAUGGUUCCUGCACCUUUUCAAAUGUCAUCUGGUAACUUACAAAAUCUGGACAUAAAUUUAGCUACACAGUGUGAUGCUUUGGCUAAGUUGGUUGCUGAUGGAAAACUUUCACAUGAAGAUUAUUUAAAACUAGCACCAAUUAAAGGUGCUACACCUAACAUGGAUCCUAAAGAAAGAGUUGCUGUGCUGAAUCGCUGUAGGAUAGCAAUGGAAAAUCUUUGUAAAUUGGGACUGCCAAAUCGUUUGCUCAUGAACACUAGGAUCAAACCUCAAAAGGAGGAGAAGCUGACAACACAAUGUCCUGAAGUCAAGAAGUUUUGCUCCCCUCUCAAAAGGCAGGGUGCAGUCGAGUAUCAUUUCUCCAAAAGUAGUCAAUCAUUGAUGGUUCAACGCAACAAGGAGAUCAUAGAUUCAAUCAUCUCAGCAUUAUCUUUGGAAAAGAUUGUUGCAAAGCCAAAGAAGGUGCGGAAAGACAUGAGGGAUGCUUCAGUACAGACAACAUUGCCUGUUUGUGAAGUGUGUGAUAUUCGUGAAUCAACCAAGUUUAGUGAUAUGAGUACAUCAAUAAAUCCUGAAUAUUUUUCAUCCUCGGUACACACUCAAGUGAUUGAAGAAGACUUGUAUAGCUCCAAAUCAUUGUUCAACCCAAGUGGCAGCAGCAGCAGCGGCCCGCCCAUCUCCAUAGCUCAUCUGACGCCUGCGCAACUUGUCUCCCAGCUAGCAGCAAGAGCCAAGACCUUGAAGCAUACAGACACUUCACAUUCAGCUCCUAGAAGAAAUUUUGAUGAUUACCAUAGAGGUGGUAAUCAAUAUCAAAAUUCAAACUAUAAUAAUUAUCGAUAUUAA